AAAUAUUCAUAAGAAACACCACCCACACGGAGCUUCUAAUUUAGAUCUACUUUUAAAGAAACAAAAGCAUGAUAAUCCAUGCUUGAUCAGUGAAAUUUUGUUGCAGAAAGUUAAUGUUUUUCUUAAAAUAUAUAUUAAUUUGUUUUGUACGUGAUGCAGUUAAUUGUAUUUAUACAAUUCUCCAAUUUUAUCUAAACUCUUCACUCUUAAUUAAAUAAAAAAAUUGAUGCAAUAAGAGUGUAUUUUAGAAGUUUUAAAUGAGUUAUUAAUUUUUACCGACCCUCUUGGUAAGUUGAAAUGCUUGCUGACACUAUCGUCCAUGUGAAGCUUUUUAAUAUUUUUAGGAAAGACAGAGAGAGAGAGAACAGAGGCCUACCGUCUUAAAGGAAAGAGGGAGAGAGAAGGUGAUGGUGUACUUGUGACUUGUGAGCAACAUACAAAGAAAGAAACAAAGCUGUACCUUCUCUCUCUUUGUAUCUGCCAGAGCCAUGGCAGAGAAAAAGAGAAGAGAGAAUGUGUAAGCUUUUUAUUCAGAUUUAUGUAAUAUUAGGGCUGUGUGUUAUGUUAUCGUCUGGGUGUUUAACUCUGAAGUUGAAGAAAUCAUAGCUUAUUCGUGCCUACCGGGACAUCUCUUUCAAGAAUCUGUGAUGAAAUUGUUGUGCCCCUAACUGCACCGCCUGCUGAUUUGAACCAAAGGCUUUGCAAUUUCGGAAUUAGUUUCCAAAAAUUUUCAAUUAUGGAAUUCAAUUCCCCACUCUCUGAUACCGGUGCAAUAGUGCGUCUAGAUAUGGGAAGUUUGGCUCUUGAUACUCAAAGUGUAGACCCAGAUAUAUACCACACAUUGGGACUGAAAGAACUGGGCGAAGGAGUUGUGGGAAGUCCAAAGAUUUUAUCAAUUAUAGCAAGAGUAUUGGAGAGAUCUGUUCAGAAAAAUGAAAUGCUACAAGAGACAAUGCAGAUUGAAGAUAACAUUACGGUAUUUCAUGGUUUAAGAGCACCCACCAUAACUAUUCAACAAUAUAUUGAUCGCAUAUUCAAGUAUGCUAGCUGUAGCCCCUCCUGCUUUGUUAUUGCUCAAAUUUAUGUGGAUAAAUUCCUUCUGCAAACUGAAGUUCGUUUAACUUCUCUUAAUGUUCACCGGCUUCUUAUAACAAGUGUAAUGGUAGCAGCAAAAUUUAUUGAUGAUGCAUUUUAUGAUAACGCAUACUAUGCCAGAGUGGGAGGAGUAAGCACAGCAGAGUUGAACAGGAUGGAAAUGAAGUUUUUGUUUAGUUUAGAUUUCAGACUUCAAGUGAAUGUUAAGACAUUCCAGAGGUUUUGCUAUCAGUUGGAGAAAGAAGCUGCAGAAGGUCUCCAGAUUGAACGCCCAAUUCAAGCCUGUAAAGUUGAGGAGAACUGGUCAAAUAACAGUGAAUCAGCAUGCGUUCCGACAAGUGCAAGAUAAAGACAGCAAAUCAUAUCAUUACAACCCCACAUUGAGCUUGAGCAUUUUCAAGUUCUGGAUGUUGUUGAUUAUAGUCUAUAGAUGUUAAGUGUUUGUCAAAUUAUGAACUUUGUUUCACAUUUGGUUUUGAUGUGUAAACAUUUUUCCUCAUCAAAAUAUGUGUGCAUAUUGUCAGAAUUUUAUGUGAACAAUUUCACGUCAGUUUUUCA